GGCUCUAUGGGGCUCUAUGGGGUGACCAUCCCUUGUGCUGCCCCCUGCAGGUUCCAGAAGCACGUUCACACCUAUCGCAUCCUGCCCGACGAGGACGACUGCCUGGCUGUGCAGACGUCUCAGGGCGUCCAGGUUCGGCGCUUCAAGACGCUGUCGGAGCUGAUCUCGCUGUACCUGCAGCCCAACCAGGGCCUGGUGUGCACGCUGCUCUUCCCCGUCGAGAGGGACAAGGACAAGGAGGGCGCGGAGGACAGGGAUUACUCGGAUGGUGACGAUGAGAAGCCCCCGCUGCCCCCGCGCUCCAGCACCAGCAGCUUCUCGGGCUCCUCAGUGGGGCUCAGCCCCAGCAGCCCCGGAACAGGGGGGUCCGAUGGGGCGGCGGAGAGGUGAGGAGCAGCGCGGGGGAACCAUUGGAC